UUUUUUUUUUCAUUUAUUUUUGAGACGGUUCCUGGUUCCUUUAUUGCCACGUGACCCAACUCCUGGAUCAAGUAUCCUCUGCCCCCCACAGCCCUCCCCCACCGGUGUUGGGAUUAUAGGCUUGGGCCACCACGCUACUGAUCAGGGCAAAAGGACAUCUGUCUUUGAGAUCUGGAUUUGCUUAAUGGAAAAGAGGGACACAGCGCUUACUGGUACCAACGUCCGUGGAUGAUAGUGAGGUUUUCCCAUAUCCUGGCAGUACAGAAAGGCCCAGAAGACACUCCAAUUUUGCAACCAUACUUGGGCACCUAGGAUAUCCUGAGGUUGUCUGUUUUGUCUUGGCAUAGGUUCCAGGAUUUGGCUCUCUGGCUAAGUCACGUUGUCUGUGGCCUGCCACCUCCGGGGAAAAUAGAGCCCCUCAAGGCCCCACAGUUCAGCGGACCACUUCCAAAGAGCUUCAGGGCCAGGCGCCGGCCUGGAACCCUUGCCGCAGGUGGAGGCCAUGGGGAGCAUCCCGCAGGUGGCGGCGCUCAGCCGCAGCCAGGUGGGCGUGUCAGGCCCCGCCCCGCGCUCCGGUCUUGGGGAGGGUGGGACGAACGGAAGCCCCGCCCUCCCCGCGCGCUAGUUCGGAGCCGGUGCGGGAGCGGAGGCGCGCGGAGCCGGCAGGAGCACGCGGGAGCGCGGCCCCGCAGCGGCCCGGCCCGAGGGAGCAGCAUCGUAGGAGCAGAACGGCCUGGCGACCCCCGCUGCAGCCAGGACCCCGCCCCAGCGCGACGCGGCCCCGAGAGAGGACUCUGGCCCCGGAGCGCGGCCUCGCCCUCCUCGCUCGCCCGGGUCCCCGGGCUGCGGGCAUGGACAGCGCCCGCUCGCCCUAGAUGGACGGCGAUGGCGGCCGCCGAGACGCCCCCGGCGCGCUGAUGGAAGCCGGGCGCGGCACGGGGUCGGCGGGCAUGGCGGAGCCGCGGGCGAGGGCGGCGCGGCUCGGGCCCCAGCGCUUCCUGCGGCGCAGCGUGGUGGAGUCGGACCAGGAGGAGCCGCCGGGCCUGGAGGCGGCCGAGACGCCGAGCGCGCAGCCCCCACAGCCUCUGCAGCGCAGGGUGCUUCUACUCUGCAAGACGCGCCGGCUCAUCGCGGAGCGCGCCCGGGGCCGCCCCGCCGCGCCCGCGCCCGCCGCGCCCGCUGCGCCUCCCGGCUCCCCGAGUGUCCCCUCGGACCCUGGCCCGGAGCGAGCGGGCACGCAGGAGCCCAGCCCAGAUCCCACCACCGCCUCAGCCGCAGCCGCGCAGGUCCCCGACGGCGGCCCGAGGCAGGAAGAGGCGCCGGCCCCAACACAGGAGGACGCUGGAACCACCGAGGCAAAGCCGGAGCCCGGGCGCGCACGCAAGGAUGAACCUGAAGAGGAGGAAGACGAUGAGGACGACCUCAAGGCCGUGGCCACCUCUUUGGACGGCCGCUUCCUCAAGUUCGACAUCGAGCUGGGCCGGGGCUCCUUCAAGACGGUCUACAAGGGGCUGGACACGGAGACCUGGGUGGAGGUAGCAUGGUGUGAACUGCAGGACCGGAAGCUCACCAAGCUUGAACGGCAGAGAUUCAAAGAGGAGGCGGAGAUGCUGAAAGGUCUACAGCACCCCAACAUUGUGCGCUUCUAUGACUUCUGGGAGUCCAGUGCCAAGGGCAAGCGAUGUAUCGUGCUGGUGACAGAGCUGAUGACCUCGGGUACACUGAAGACGUACCUGAAGCGGUUCAAGGUGAUGAAGCCGAAGGUACUGAGGAGCUGGUGCCGGCAGAUCCUGAAGGGCCUGCUGUUCCUGCAUACAAGGACACCCCCCAUCAUCCACCGUGACCUCAAGUGUGACAACAUCUUCAUCACUGGGCCCACCGGCUCUGUGAAGAUUGGUGACUUGGGUCUGGCCACCCUUAAAAGAGCGUCUUUUGCCAAAAGUGUGAUAGGUACCCCCGAGUUCAUGGCACCUGAAAUGUACGAGGAACAUUACGACGAGUCGGUUGAUGUCUACGCCUUCGGGAUGUGCAUGCUGGAAAUGGCUACCUCAGAGUACCCCUAUUCGGAGUGCCAGAACGCCGCCCAGAUCUAUCGCAAGGUCACCUGUGGCAUCAAACCGGCCAGCUUCGAGAAGGUGCAUGAUCCGGAGAUUAAGGAGAUCAUCGGGGAGUGCAUCUGUAAGAACAAAGAGGAGAGGUAUGAGAUUAAGGACCUGCUGAGCCAUGCCUUCUUCGCGGAAGACACGGGUGUCCGGGUGGAACUUGCCGAGGAGGACCAUGGCAGGAAGUCUACCAUAGCCCUGCGGCUUUGGGUGGAAGACCCCAAGAAGCUGAAGGGCAAGCCCAAAGACAAUGGAGCCAUAGAGUUUACCUUUGACUUGGAGAAGGAGACUCCCGACGAGGUGGCCCAGGAAAUGAUCGAUUCUGGAUUUUUCCAUGAGAGUGAUGUGAAGAUUGUGGCCAAGUCCAUCCGUGACCGGGUGGCACUGAUUCAGUGGCGGCGUGAGAGGAUCUGGCCUGCACUGCAGUCUCAGGAGCCAAAGGACUCUGGCAGCCCUGACAAGGCCAGGGGUCUGCCAGCACCCCUGCAGGUCCAGGUGACCUACCACGCACAGAGUGGGCAGCCUGGGCAGCCAGAACCUGAGGAGCCUGAGGCCGACCAGCAUCUCCUGCCCCCUACCUUGCCAGCUAGCGUUACCUCCUUAGCCUCGGACAGCACCUUUGACAGUGGCCAGGGCUCUACCGUGUACUCGGACUCCCAGAGCAGCCAGCAGAGCAUGGUGCUCAGCUCGCUUGUGGACACGGCCCCAACCCCAGCCUCGUGCGUGUGCAGCCCCCCUGUGAGUGAGGGGCCUGGCCUGACCCACAGCCUGCCUACGCUAGGGGCCUUCCAGCAGCCGGCCACUGUGCCUGGCCUGUCUGUGGGCCCUGUGCCACCCCCUGCCCGCCCUCCACUCCUCCAGCAGCAUUUUCCAGAAUCUUCCAUGAGCUUCACCCCUGUGCUGCCACCACCCAGCACCCCUGUGCCCACGGGCCCAAGCCAGCCAGCACCCCCAGUCCAGCAGCCUCUUCCAAUGGCCCAACCACCUACCCUGCCACAGGUCCUGGCCCCACAGCCCAUGGGCACUGUCCAGCCAGUACCCUCUCAUUUGCCUCCAUACCUGGCUCCAACCUCCCAGGUCGUGGCCCCUGCUCAGCUGAAGCCUCUCCAGAUGCCACAGCCACCUCUGCAACCUCUUGCUCAAGUCCCUCCGCAGAUGCCUCAGAUGCCUGUGGUCCCCCCCAUCACCCCCUUAACAGGACUCGAUGGCCUCCCUCAGACCCUCACUGACCUGCCGGCCGCAAACGUGGCCCCCGUGCCACCACCUCAGUAUUUCUCACCUGCUGUGAUCUUGCCAAGCCUCACAACACCCCUGCCCACAUCACCGGCCCUGCCUAUGCAGGCUGUCAAGUUGCCUCAUCCCCCUGGAACACCCCUGGCUGUGCCCUGUCAGACCAUCGUGCCAAAUGCACCAGCUGCUAUCCCCCUGUUGGCCGUGGCCCCGCAGGGUGUGGCUGCACUGUCUAUCCAUCCAGCGGUGGCCCAGAUCCCAGCCCAGCCUGUGUACCCAGCAGCCUUUCCACAGAUGGUACCUGGAGACAUCCCACCCUCACCCCACCACACGGUGCAGAGCUUACGGGCCACCCCUCCACAGCUGGCCUCACCUGUGCCUCCUCAGCCUGUCCAGCCCAGUGUCAUUCAUCUACCUGAGCAGGCUGCUCCAACUGCUGCCUCAGGGACCCAGGUGGAGUUGUUCAUGUGUUGUACACAUGUAGAGGUCAGAGGACAACUUGCAGAAGUUGAUUUUCUCCUCCUACCGUGUGGGUCCCGGGGAUCAAACUCAGGUCAUCAGGUCCUGCUGGGCCACCCUCCUUCAUACACCGCGGACGUUGCUGCUCCAGUCUCUGCUGUGUCCCUGCCGCCUGCUGUCCUUUCCCCUCCUCUGCCAGAUACUCUGCUGCCUACUGUCCCUGACCUCCUGCCCAAGGUCCCCAGCUCUCUGGCCCCUACAGUGGUCGCAGCCUCUCAGAGUGCGCCCGCACAGACCUCUUCACUCCUCCUGCCAACAAACCCACCCCUGCCCACUGGGCCUGCAGUUGCUGGCCCCUGCCCUGCAGUCCAGCUGAUGGUGGAAGUGGCUCAAGAGGAGCAGGUCUCACAAGACAAACCCCCUGGCCCCCCACAGAGCUCCGAGAGCUUUGGAGGUUCUGAUGUCACCUCUGGAAGAGAUCUGAGUGACAGCUGUGAAGGCACCUUUGGAGGGGGCAGGCUGGAGGGAAGGACCGCCCGGAAACACCACCGUAGGUCCACUCGUGCACGCUCGCGGCAGGAGAGGGCCAGCCGGCCCCGGCUCACUAUCCUAAAUGUGUGUAACACGGGGGACAAGAUGGUGGAGUGUCAGCUGGAAACGCAUAACCAUAAGAUGGUGACCUUCAAGUUUGACCUCGAUGGGGACGCUCCGGAUGAGAUUGCCACGUACAUGGUAGAGCAUGACUUUAUCCUGCCCGCUGAGCGAGAGACCUUCAUCGAGCAGAUGAAGGAUGUCAUGGACAAGGCAGAAGACAUGCUCAGUGAGGACACAGAUGCUGACCAUGGCUCUGAUACAGGGACCAGCCCUCCACACCUGGGUACCUGUGGUCUGGCCACGGGGGAGGAGAACAGACAGUCCCAAGCCAAUGCCCCUGUCUACCAGCAGAAUGUCUUACACACGGGAAAGAGGUGGUUUAUCAUCUGUCCAGUGGCUGAACACCCAGCAACAGACACUUCUGAAUCAUCACCCCCACUUCCUCUAAGCUCCUUGCAGCCAGAAGCCAGCCAAGACCCAGCGCCCUAUCCAGACCAGCUGUCCUUGACGGACAAACCUAGUUUCCCAGCUGCUCAGCAGCUCCUGAGCCAGGCAGGCUCCAGCAACCCUCCUGGUGGAGCAUCAGCCCCCUUGGCCCCGUCUUCCCCUCCUGUGACUACUGUAAUCCCGGCAGCACCAGCCACCAGCACCGUGCCAGAGUCAGCAGCAGGGACUGCCAUGCAGGCAGGAGGUCCAGGGACUCAUCAAGGACCAGCCAGUGUCCAUGAGACCCUCCAGCCACUGGCCGAGACACGCUCUGCCCAGUGUACUGCCCAGCCCCUUAGUACUGGCCAAGGACCUUGCACCCCAGCUCUGGAAGCCUCUCGCUGCUCCACAGGUCUGGGGGAGCCCAUCUCAACCAGGGAGGUCAGCACUCAAGGAGAGCCCCUGCCUGCUUCAGUGCCAGAACCUAGCCCUCCCACUGGGGCCACACAAUCUGUACCGGGUCAGCCACCACCCCCACUGCCCAUCACAGUAGGGGCUAUCAGUCUGGCAGCUCCCCAGCUCCCCAGUCCCCCCCUGGGACCUACUGCUCCCCCACCACCCCCCUCAGCCUUGGAAUCUGAUGGGGAAGGGCCGCCCCCUAGGGUGGGCUUCGUGGACAACACCAUCAAGAGUCUGGAUGAGAAACUGCGGACUCUGCUCUACCAGGAGCACGUGCCCACCUCCUCAGCCUCAGCUGGGACCCCCAUGGAGGCAAGCGAUAGAGACUUCACCCUGGAGCCCCUGCGAGGAGACCUUCCCUCAGCCUUGAGUGACAAGACCCCAAGCCUCACCCAGCAGACCCAGCCCUCAUUGGAAAAGUCUGAAACGGCCCCUGCAGGAUGGGCCCUGGCCCAGAGGGAACAGGGUGCAUCUUCUCCAAUGACAGCAGAGUCAUCUUCCAGCAAUACACUGGGCUGUGACAGUGACGCAGGGCAGGUGGCCUCGGACUCCUCCACAGCACCCAGUGUCCCCCAGGAUGCCUCUGGUUCUUCCGUCCCUACACACAUGGAUCCCAAAGAUCAGAACAGUAGUGUUCCCAGAGAAGCCUUGGCAGCACCCAUGCAAAGUGGCCCAGGGUCCUUCACAGUGGGCAGCCCAGCCCAGCUGCGUGGCGCCCGGGACUCCGGGUCUCCUCAUAAGCGGCCAGGGCAGCAGGACAACAGUUCUCCAGCCAAAACUGUAGGGCGCUUUUCCGUGGUCAGCACACAGGACGAGUGGACUCUGGCGUCACCUCACAGCCUGCGGUACUCUGCCCCACCCGAUGUCUACCUGGAUGAGAUCCCCUCUAGCCCUGAGGUGAAGCUGGCAGUGCGGCGGGUACAGACAGCCUCCUCCAUCGAGGUUGGCGUUGAGGAACCUGCCUCUAGUGACUCUGGGGAUGAACGCCCAAGAAGGAGGUCCCAGGUGCAGAAGCAGUCCUCCCUGCCGGGUACUGGUGGUGUGGCAAGUGACUUUGUGAAGAAGGCCACUGCCUUCCUGCACAGGUCUUCAAGGGCUGGCUCGCUGGGACCUGAGACACCCAGUAGGGCAGGUGUGAAGGUCCCUACCAUCAGCAUCACCUCCUUCCACUCCCAGUCAUCCUACAUCAGCAGUGACAAUGACUCAGAGUUUGAGGAUGCAGACAUAAAGAAGGAACUGCGCAGUCUGCGAGAAAAGCACCUGAAGGAAAUCUCGGAGCUACAGAGCCAGCAGAAGCAGGAGAUCGAAGCCCUGUACCGACGCUUGGGCAAGCCGCUCCCUCCCAAUGUGGGGUUCUUCCACACUGCACCCCCUAUGGGCCGCAGGAGGAAAACCAGCAAGAGCAAAUUGAAGGCUGGCAAGCUGCUGAACCCCUUGGUGCAACAGCUCAAGGUCGUGGCCUCCAGCACAGGUCAUUUGUCUGACUCCAGCAGAGGCCCUCCCACUAAGGACCCUGCCCACGCCAGCACGCCCCCGGGCACCAAGGCAGUUCAGACCCAGCAGCCCUGCUCCGUUCGGGCCUCUCUGUCCACAGACAUCUGCUCCGGUUUAGCCAGUGAUGGAGGCGGAGCGCGUGGCCAAGGCUGGACGGUUUACCACCCAACGUCUGAGAGAGGGGCCUAUAAGUCUAGUAGCAAGCCUCGUGCUCGAUUCCUCAGUGGACCCGUAUCUGUGUCCAUCUGGUCAGCCCUGAAGCGUCUCUGCCUAGGCAAAGAACACAGCAGUAGGUCUUCCACCAGCAGCCUGGCCCCAGGCCCUGAGCCAGGUCCCCAGCCCACCCUGCACGUCCAGGCGCAGGUGAACAACAGCAACAACAAGAAAGGCACCUUCACGGACGACCUGCACAAGUUGGUGGACGAGUGGACAACGAAGACCGUGGGGGCAGCGCAAGUGAAGCCCACGCUCAACCAGCUGAAGCAGACGCAGAAGCUGCACGACAUGGAGGCCUCUGGAGACGCUCGGGCUACAUCUGUGCCUCGAGCAGCAGUGGGGGCAUCGUGUCUGGCCCCGGCCCCUGGCCCUCUGUCCACCACAGCCACUCCUGGAGCCACUCCAGCCCUGCCUGUGCCCAUACCAGGUACUGUCCACUCCAGCCUCUCAGGCCCUCCUUGUACACUGCCUCUAUGUCAGUAUGGAGGCCUGCUCCCUGAUCCUGUGUCCUGGGGACCCUGGGUGGCCUCAGGAAACCCAGAAGGGUCUUGGGGCAGUCAGAGCCCCACUCAGGUCCCUGUGUUCCCAGUGUUUCUACGGCCACCUGUUAUCAGCACACCAGGCCCCCGGCUGCACAUCACGUAGCCUCCUGCCCUGCCCUGCCCCUGGCCAAAUGGAACACUCUGAAGCGUGUAGAAGAACCCAGUUGUGGUUUGGCCUCCUCAUGGCUCCUCCACAUGGGCACAAGGCACAGAGCCCCAGCCCAGGGGGCAUGAGAGGGCAGCAAGACACUUUCCCUGCUGCCUCAGACCCCGUCACUCUUAGGUUCCUGCAGUCUACAGAGGCAGUCCUCACACCCAGGGCCUGCCCUUGUUAGAGGAUUAGAACCUUGUCAUCCCCUGCAGCAGCUCAGUGCCUUGAAUCCCAGCUUUUCUGUUUCCAUGAUGGAAAUACAUGUUUUAAAAGGCCAUUCAUCCGCAAAAGCGGAUUCCAUUACAGUGGCAUGCGUAUGGCUGUCUCCACUGUGUUAUGUUGUAGAGGUGGGAAUUGGGUACAGAUAUGAAGCUGGUAACUAGUGAGAGUGUAAAAGCCUUCUAUACAGAAACAAAGGGAACACUGACAAUGUGACCUGGAAAUGCUGGUUAGGUCCAGCUCAGUCCUUGAUAGAGCGAGGUCACCCUGGGUGUCUUCAGUAACAGAGCCACCACGAGGUUUACCUGAAGUUGUUCUCCCUGUGAGGAGUGUCACCAGCUUUGUUGAGCCGUGAGGAUCCUGCCAGGUGAAUACCCUGAUAGCCAGCAGGCUGUUGUAAGCACCAUACAGACAAACAUGACCUUCCAGCUCAGGGGCCCCACUCACUCUCUCCCUCUUUUCCAUGGUUUUCAGAGGCCUGUGCUCUGCCCACCCCACCCUGCAAAUUCCUCUCCAGGCCAUCCUCAGGCCAGCCUACUGAGGGGCGGAGCAUUUCUGGAGGUUUCCAUGACACUUGCCCUGGGGGGGAGCGGGGAGAUGAAAACUCCCUGACCCCCUCUGGGUGAAUAUUUUCUGCCUCCAGUUGGAGGGUGGGCUGCCUGGGGUGACCCCCGCUGUGAACUGUACAGAUCAGAUGUACCCAGGAGAAGCAGCUAGAUUAUUUCGGUUUAAAUACACUACUCCAUCAAUUCAGUCAGAAUUGAAUUUCCAGGGGACUGCAGAGGCUUCUCCCUGGCCGCAAUGCUGCAAUAAGAGAUUUCUGUUCUCUGUGUCUUAGUCUCAACACCACACAGGCCCAUUCAGUAAAGCGGAGCCUACGUCGUCUUGCUCCUCUUGUGCCCAAGUCCUUUCCUCCUGUGACAAUGCUAGUGGCAUGGGAUCCCCAAGAGUCUGUAUGUGUGAAGGAGAAAAAUAAACAUUUGCUUGAAAAUAC